AUAACCGGGGGGAGUGGUAGCCAUCAGAUGCAGCUAACGGGGGGAGAGGUGACAGAGACGCGUGUAAACUGCAUUAAAAUUCAUGACAUAAAUAUGGUGGCCAAAUUGCCACAAAAAUGCCGAAAAUUUUGAAGGGAAAAUAGCGAUCGCCGAAGAUACUUACUUACAGUUGAGAUACCACCUCUGAUCUCACUAUGUGAGGAAUAUUUCAUGGCCUAAAGACGAUUUCUUUGCGGUAAAAGAAAAUUUAACAUGGUAAGGGGCGAGUGAUGAGUUACAUGAGCACAUGGCCUUAAAUGUUUAUAGCGCUGUAUAGAACUGUUGCUCUGCUUUGUUCUUUUACAAUCUCGUUUUAUUUUUGUCUUGGUAUAUUCCAGUUUAUGAAUUAAAACUGUACUGGAUGAAUAAAACUGGAUUAAUGAAAGAACAAUGCGGUUCAAAUGUUCAACAUUGUUAUUAAAUAGUAAUACUCUAUUUGGUCCUAUAAAAAUUGAUAUUGAAUCUUAGGCCACUACCAAAAGGCUGUUUCAUAGCUAUUUUACCCCCUACAUUCUAACAUCCACACAUUUCCAGGGCAAGAAAAAACGGUUUAUUGAUAAGAAGAAUGCUGUAAGCUUUCGUUUGGUUCAUCGAAGUCAGCGUGAUCCGUUACAAGCUGACGAAGACAGUUCUAAACAUGUGUUGUUGCCUGUGGGGUAUAGCGAGUCAUCGCAUGGUCACACAGACCAGGUUGGUAUUAGAGAUAUUGUCGAACCUCUUAGCUUAACGAACACUCAUCUAGUGGAGACCUCUUUGAUGAACACACACAAUUCGACUGGGCUUUGUAAUCAUUUAUUUGAACCAGGGUAGCGAGCGAAACAUGAUUGAUAUACCUGGUUGCAGUGAACGAACAAACUUUAAACAUAUUUGAAAUGUUCUGACUUUGUACCUUACAUUGGCAUCACCUUGUAUUUAUACAUGAACUGGCGAGGUUUGAUUCUGCCAGAGGGCCUAUAUGGGCUCCUGGUUAGGUAUAACAAAUGUAUAAAAUUCAAACUCGAAAUUUCAAUCUACAAAAUCCUUCUACAAUCAGCUAUAUAUAUACUGUAUAAUUAUAAUGUGCAAAUCUUAUCCAAACCAUAUUUUUAUUUCUAUUUGAUGAAAUUCUUGUUUCAUUUAUUUCACAGGCAACUGGUUAUCAAAAGUAAGUGUUUGAUAUUCAUUGCAUAAACGUAUAAAUAAUGUCUUUUCAAUAUUCUGAAUCUGUGCUAGCAGUGAUGGUUGAUGAAAUAUGUUACAUUCUUACUUUACCAUCAGGGGAACUGUUGAAGAACGUAAAAAAGAGCAGCGAGACUUUGGUGUAUUUUACGAAGAUGAUUACGACUACCUUCAACAUUUGAAACCAAGAACGGACACAAGUCUUGAACCAUUGCCUGGCAAUGUCACUGUGAUUGAAGCAAAGAAACCUGACGUGAAAAAGGCAUGUUCAAUUCACGUUCAUUUUAUAAUUCAGACAUGCUAUUGAAGUUUCCAGUAUUUGUAUUAUUAUGAUGGUAAUGAUCAGAUGGUGAUGAUAAUAGAUGAUGGUGGUGGCAAUGACGAAAGUGAUGAUGGUAAUGUUGGUUGAGAUGGUAAUGAUGGUGCAUGGAGAUGAUGGUAUAGUGAUGAUAAUGAUCCCAAUGUGAUGGUGCCAGUAAUGGUGAUAUUUAAAUUCAUUAUAGUUUGGAAAGGUUUCCUUACCGAGCGAGGUAUUUGCCUCUGGUCAUGAAGAAGACGAAGGACUUCUUAACCUAGCCGCUCCUGUGUCGGGUCCUCGACCAGAUUGGGAUCCAGACAUUGUUGCAGCUUUGGAUGACGCACUUGAUUUGGAAGACCCUGAUAAUAUUCUGGAUGAUGAUUUCAUGUUAAAAGUAUGUGUUACAUACAUGUAAAAAUAUUUAAAAAAAUACUUUUGUUUGUUAGAAUAGUUGCUAACAUGAAUUUUCUCUUUUAUUUUAAUCCAAUUAGGCUAAUGAGUCUUUUGAAGAAGACAGGUACUGUAGAUCCAAAGGAAUAGUAAAAAAAUAUAAGGACAGCAGUAAUGACAAAUCUAGAUAAAUAUUUUUCUUCCUGACAGCAAAGACCAAAAAUAAAAAAUUCUGUGUAAAACCAAAUUUAAAAUUUCACGCAAUGCUAUGCACAAUCGUGUGGCGUUAGACAGGGUAAAAUAAUCUGGCAUUAGACAGAGUAAAAUCAUAAACUGGAGUGCAUUACAGUUCACUGCAACUUAAUGGUUAAACUAUCAGUUUAGACAUUUUGGUUUCACUUUUAUUCAGUGACAUCGAUGAAGAACUAUCAUAUGAAGGAGAUGAUGAUGAAGAAUAUUUUCCAUCAGACGGAGAUAUGAAAUCUAACGAAGAUAUGGACUCUGACGAAGAUAUGAAAUCUAAAUUCUCAAAUUAUUCCAUGUCGUCCUCUGUCAUACGACGCACUCAAGGUUAUUGGCAAAUCAUAUAAAAUGUCCAGUUCAUAUAAUUGCUUAAUACAGCACAAGCCUAUUAAAAAGUUAUUUGUUAAUGGGAAAAUCUCAACAAGUUGUGUUCGCACUGCUUGUUCCCAGUUGUUGUAACAAGUUUGGAACAAGUUGUUAAUAACUUGUAACAAGCUUGAUGGCAUUAUCAGACUUGUUACAAGGUUGUUCUGACAAGUCUGAUACAGUCAAGAUUAAAAAGAAUUUUACAAGGUUGAUGACACAAGGUUGUAACAAUAUUGUUAUAUUAUGACUGCAUCAGACUUGUUGAAACAACCUUGCGACAGUCUGUUAUCAACAAGGUUGUUACAACUGUUAACAAGUUGUUACAUACUUGUUGACAACUUGGGACAAGCAGUGCGAACACAACUUGUUGACGUUUUGUUGGCAGACUUGCUACGUACAAGAUGUGAGAUUUUUGCGUGUGUUGUAUCUCUCUGUGUUAACGGGAAAUCCCACUUCGUCGCUGCAAAAAGAAAUUCUGAAUGUAAUUUUUCUUUUCUCUGUGUAUAGGACUUUGUCUCCUUGAUGAUAGAUUUGAUAAGGUUAGUUUAAAUACUUGCGUACAAGCUGUCUACCUGUAUAAACCAUUGGCAGUACUGAUCGUGCUUUUUAGAUGCUUCUUUUGUAAUUUAGAUAGUUCAUGUUGCGUUUAUUCUAAAGCCCUGGGCAAACUAGGGAACAUUGUUGCGGAAACAUUGUUUCCUACCAAUGUUUUCCAGAGUGGGCAAACACUAGGAAACAUUAGUGAGAAACAUAGGGAAACAUCAAAUGUUUCUGAAAUCGCUAGGAAACAUUUUUGCUUCUCGGGAAGUAAAUCUUGUUCCCGCAACAAUGUUUCCACGGGUGGGCAAACAGGGAAACAUUUGAGGAAACAUCGAGAACCGCAAAUGUUUCCUAGUUUGCCCAGCCCCAGGGUUUAAAGAAAGAUGAAGUGUUAGAUUAGUUGGUGGAUCUUAAAGGCUGGAUUUACACUAUCAAAGUUUCUGUGAUCACAGUAGGAAUUUUGCAUAGCCAUAGGUAAAUUAUCCACCAAUAACUGGAAAUUUAUCGUUGCUUAAUACGUUCAGAUAAUGGAAGAGUACGAAGACGAUGAGAUCGGAGCGCUAGAUCACGAGGAAGUCUGUGGAAAUAGGAGUUUAAAUGAUCCACUUUUAGAAAGCAUAAAAAAUGAAAUAAAUGAUGGAAAAGGCGAAAGGUAAUGAUACAAAGUGGGUCUGGCUAAUUAUUUUAAAAAAAAUAUAAAACGAAACGGAAUUAUGCCAAUUUCAAGAUUUGUCGACAAGAUGAAUUUAAAAACAACAGCAACAUAACAAGUGUAAAUAUAUAUUGUUCUCGCCAAAUUUUGUUUUGAAAUGUCCUAGUACAAUUGUACCACAAGAAAGUCAGCAUUCUAUACUUUGACACGUUGUUAGAUUGCGUUACACUUGUGGAAAAGUAAAAUUGUUUCAUUUGGUCGAUUACGUUUGCCUUGUGUUAAGGUGAACUGCUUGAUCACUUGAAACGUGGCUUGUUUGUGUUUUAUGUGGUGGAAGUUGAAUUGCUUUCUCCACUGCACCAUGACAAGCUGACAUGUUUGUAAAUAUGUGGCUGCAUGUUUACCAUUGUUAAUGAUGCAAUGUAUGUUAAUAAAGUACAGUCAUGCACGUACCAGCCUUCAUGUGGUAUGAACCAUGCAAUGGACAAAAUCCUUACUUUGUUUAUUGUUUAUCGAGUUUCUCACCCACUGGCAUGAGCGGAUUUCCCAACAAGCUAUUCCUAAGUGCAAUAGGGGAUCCGAGCUAUACCUACGAUUUUAACGUCCUUAUCCGAGAAGACACGAAGUCUAACCAUUUACUGAUGUCAAUGUAAAGGUAGCACUUUCUCCUCAAUUAUUUUAACUAGAUCUUUAGUAGAGGUCCGACCAUGCUUGAAAGGCAAGCGGGGUGAUCACGAUACCACAAGAGAGAUAUUCAAUUACUUAAAGAUAGAACUCUGCAUGUGCCUUAAGUUUGUAUUCUCGAAAUAUUUCAUCAUGAGCAUGCAAUAUUUAUUUCUUUAACAUGGCAGCGAGGCUGUGAAGGUGACAAGAGUUAGGUUUGAUGUGCGAGAAGACAAGAAGUCCAGCAGUGAAGACGAGGGCUUUACAAGAAUUCAAGAGACUCCUAAAGAACAAUGGGAUUGUGAAUCUAUUUUAAGUAAGCAUUACAUGACAGAUUCAUCAAAUGGGUAUCUCAAAGGUGGAGAGUGCAGAUUUGUAUCUGAACUCCCUGAAAACGAGCGC